AUGCAUCAGUCUCGGGCCUGUUGGAGGUGUAAGAUUUGCUAUGAAGCAAGCAGAACUCCUUUAAAGCUUUAUUGUGGCGGCGUUGAGUUUAUGUGUGUGCGAGAAGAUCCUUUGUUUCAUAAACAAGACAAGGACGUGAAAACCGCUGAGAAUGAACGCAUGAAUUGGGUGGUCAUAACAACGAUAAAUUAUCCAACAGAGACCAUCAGAUUACUUGCAAGUGCACCUGACUGGCAAGUUGUUGUCGUGGCUGACAACAAAACACCCGUGGACUGGGCCCUUGACAAUGUAGUGUUGCUGAGCAUUGAGGAACAGGAGUCUCUCAAAUAUAACAUAAUGACGUUGUUGCCCUUCAAUCACUAUGGGCGCAAGAAUAUUGGGUACUUAUAUGCCAUUGAGCAUGGCGCAACCCAAGUCUAUGAGACAGACGAUGACAACGAAAUAAUUUCUACAAACCCUUUGAAGGUGCCCAGCUUUCGCGCGCUGGAGUACUUCGUGUACAAUACAACAGGAGUCUGCAACCCUUACCAUUAUUUUGGAUACCCCAGCAUCUGGCCUCGAGGGCUACUGUCGAAUCGCUACACAUGUGUGCUAAUUGUUCCAACAUAUCCCUCUGUGCUUGCAUUACAACAGGGUCUUGCAAAUCUGGAUCCAGAUGUGGACGCAAUCUAUCGCCUGACACAGCCGUUGGGAGUGCACUUCCGAGCAGAUUUGCCAGCUGUGGUGUUGCCGGAAAGGACGAUUUGCCCAUGGAAUAGCCAGAAUACUCUUUUUGCCAAAGAUGCACUGUGCGGUCAUACAGCUCUCCUAGUAGUUGCUACAGUACUCUUUAUUCAAUGCCGCUAUUGGGUACAGCGCUUGCUUUGGGAAAUUGGUGGGAACAUAGCGUUCGGACCCCCCACAGUGAACCAGUUGCGCAAUGCACAUAAUCUCAUGCGAGAUUUUGAAGAGGAGAAUCCAUUGUACAAUCAGGCCGGUGCCCUAGUUGAGCUGCUCAAUGCCUGGGUUGCGCCACCCGGUAGCGACCUGCCCACCCUCAUGACUUCGCUUGCCCAAAAGAUGGCAGAUGAAAAGAUGUGGGAGCAGGGGGAUGUUGAUUUGAUGGCAGCUUGGGUGGCAGAUUUAAAAGAGGUCGGCUAUGUCUUCCCGCGCUUACGCAAUGCGGAUGAGAGGUCUAUUCAAGGACCCGAUGGAGAUUUGUUGAGGGAAGAUGGCGCUGAGGCAGUGGCACCACAUGAUCCAUUCGUGGCACCACGGACACCAUUGCACUGGCGGCGAUAUGACAACAUUGUCCUUAUCAUCAUGUUCAAUACCAAGUACCCAAGCUGGCUGGAGACGUUCCAACUGCUAAAGGAGGCUUACACACCCAUGUUCGGCACCCUUGUCUUUACUGGGUUCCCGGAGCGUCCGGAGGAGGUGCCUAUGGGUGAUAAUUUCGUCACCUGCUCUGGGACAGGCCACUUACAAUACAUUUGCUUCGCCAAUGCCAUGCAGGAGUUUGCGGCACCUGCUAAUGGUGGUUACCUCAUCUUGGGGGAUGAUACAAUCAUAAACCACUGUCAAAUGCAGCAUUUCAAUGCCAGCAAGAUAUGGUUCCCACGUGCUAUUGAGGCCACUCAUGAGGAUAUAAUGAAAUGGGCGAAUGAGAAGGCGGCCGAAGGGGAUCCACUGGGUCAAGUUUGGCAUUUUCAUUACAACGGUGAACUGGCAAAGAACGCGCUGAAGCACUUCACCGAGGGGCACACCCGCAACAAAUUUGCAAGCUCCAUCCUGGGCAAGCUGGGCCCUGACCUUGAUAAGGCUCAUUUCGGAGGGGAAUUUACAGAUGGCUUGUACAUUCCCAUGCGCCUCUCAUUAGAUUUUCUGCUGGCGUCAACGGCUUUUGCAGAAAGAAAUGUCCAGCAUGAGGUAGCUGUGCCAGCAAUUUUUGGGAUCAUUACCUCGAACAAGUCUGAUUUCGAGGUAGUCAAGUUGAUCAACCUACACGAUGAAAGGAGGGGCCUAGUUAUAACAAAAACAGAAGAUUUCCUUGUUAAAGACGGCUUGCCCGAUCAAUCAUUUAUGUUACACCCCCUGAAAUUCACAUCACCAGACAAAGACAUCAAGCAAGCCUUCUGGGAGUGGUGGACCAGUGGUUCUUGCCUUGAGCAUUCGGGAGUCGACACUUCCUACAAGGGUUUACCAGCCAUAAGUGCCUCAGCAUUGGAGAGCAAGCUUCCUGGCGAGUCUCAAAAUCGUUGGGCUGAGUCAGAUGAAAGACUCAAGCGAGCCCAACACAAGAGAUCUGAUGAAGUGCUUUGACUUACUUCCCUUCAAGUUUGAAACAACUUGAUCGGAUUGAUCUGGUGAAGAUCUCUUUCAUCGCAUCUGUAGUAUCACUGAUGAAUGAUGGAGAAUGUUUUAGACUGAUUCAUUCGGUUAUGUUCGGACUGUCAAAAACUAUCAUGGCGUGGGCCAGCCUGAGCCAAUCUUCCUACUGGUUCUCAUACAACAGCGAGUCAGGAAAUUUUCUGUAGAAAUACUGAGCACAAACAUUGCCCAAAUGAUCAACAGGCAUAGGGGCGUGGUGAGGACCAUUAUGCCUUAGUAACAUUCACCUCUGCCUGUGUAAUUGCGCUCUACAUAUCC